UAUCAGUCAACUUGCAAAGAUGUCGACAAACUUGAAUAUAGAAGUCAGUAUCAAUUUAACUGAAAUCGAUGUGAACGCUCAAUUAGCUGAGUUUGCUCGUUUCCAACAAGUUCGCGAUGACUCGCGGUACGCACAGGACGUUGAACGUGAGUUCGUGUUGGGGCCCAUUCGACACCACCGACGGCAGCUGGAGCCAUCAAGAUCUGCUCCGUUGGCUUCCACAGAGCAGCCAGUAGCUCAGGCUACCACACAUCCGUCAACCGAGAAUGCACGGGUACCAGCUCUAGUUCUAAGAUCAGGCUCAUGGCGAGCUCUUCCAGUGGCACAAGGCGGUUCCUCACAUAUUCGUAUCUGGCCGGUGUCACGGAGUGCUACAACAACUUCGACGGCAACUCGUCAUCCACCAUUCACCAAUACUUCGGCAUCAACUUCAUUUGCACCAUAUCAACGUCACCGAGGAAGUGCUCUACAAACUUCGGAAUGCACCAUUUGCUUUGAGAAGCCCGUUGAUCCGAGAGGAUGUCCUAAAUGCCUCAAAGUCAUUGGCUGUAAAAAAUGUGUGAAAAAAUGGUUUGAUACGUCUGCAUCGAAGGCGUGCCCACUAUGUCGAUUUGAAUGGAAACUGCACAGAGACAACCCAGAUGUUGUCAAAAUUUCAACUCUUGAAGUUCUGAAAAGGCAGAAGCAAAACCGUCCAUAGACUUAUGUCAUGAAUACAAUAAAUUAUUGUUACUG